GCGGGCGGUCAUAUCGCUACUUGGCUCAAAGGAGGAGAAAUUGGCAACCGGGAGAGGCUUUAGGGAGGCCUGAAUGGCUGCGCAGUCAGGCAGGAGCGAGGGUUCGACUUGUGGGUUGGCCAUGGAGAGAGUCUGAUAUGCUGCUGGGGUCGUGACCGCUUGGGGACCGAGGCAGGACCUGGCCAGAUCCAGCCUGGAGGCCUCGCCUUCAUCGGGCCUAAUUUCCAGCGGCCGGGUAGGCCGCACCAGAAGUUGCUGUCCGUACGGUCGCCCCGUGUUCCUGCCCUAAUUUUCAGGCCGGGAGAUGGCUUCCCCGAGCCCCACGCCGGAGCCAAAGGGGUUGCUGACAUUUGAGGAUGUGGCUGUGUUUUUUACCCAGGAGGAGUGGGAUUAUCUGGAUCCAUCUCAGAGAAGCCUGUAUAAAGAUGUCAUGAUGGAGAAUUACGGAAACCUGGUCUCACUGGAUGUUUUGAACAGAGAUAAAGAUGAGGAACCAACUGUGAAACAAGAAAUUGAGGAAAUUGAGGAAGAAGUGGAACCACAGGGUGUAAUAGUCACAAGAAUUAAAAGUGAAAUUGACCAGGACCCCAUGGGUAGAGAAACCUUUGAACUUGUUGGUAGGUUAGAUAAACAGAGAGGAAUCUUCUUAUGGGAAAUACCAAGGGAAUCUUUGACCCAGGAACAGAGAAUGUUUAGAGGCAACACUAACAUCCGUAAAAGACCAAAUUCAGAAGAGAAAUGCCAUAAAUGUGAAGAGUGUGGAAAGGGUUUUGUCCGCAAGGCCCAUUUUAUUCAACAUCAAAGGGUUCAUACUGGGGAGAAGCCUUUUCAGUGCAAUGAAUGUGGGAAAAGUUUUAGUCGCAGUUCAUUUGUUAUUGAACAUCAGAGAAUCCACACUGGGGAGAGGCCCUAUGAGUGUAAUUACUGUGGGAAAACCUUUAGUGUGAGUUCAACCCUUAUUAGACAUCAGAGAAUCCACACUGGAGAGAGACCAUAUCAGUGUAAUCAGUGCAAACAGAGCUUCAGCCAGAGAAGGAGCCUUGUUAAACACCAAAGGAUUCACACAGGUGAGAAGCCCCAUAAAUGUAGUGACUGUGGGAAGGCCUUCAGUUGGAAGUCACACCUUAUUGAGCAUCAGAGAACUCACACUGGUGAGAAACCUUAUCAUUGUACCAAAUGUAAGAAAAGCUUUAGUCGAAAUUCAUUACUUGUUGAACACCAGAGAAUUCACACUGGGGAAAGACCCCAUAAAUGUGGUGAAUGUGGGAAAGCCUUUAGAUUAAGUACAUACCUUAUACAACACCAGAAAAUACACACUGGUGAAAAGCCUUUUCUUUGUAUCGAAUGUGGAAAAAGCUUCAGUAGGAGCUCGUUUCUUAUUGAACAUCAGAGGAUUCAUACAGGAGAGAGGCCUUAUCAGUGCAAAGAGUGUGGGAAAAGCUUCAGUCAACUUUGCAACCUUACUCGUCAUCAAAGAAUUCACACAGGAGACAAACCCCAUAAAUGUGAGGAAUGUGGAAAAGCCUUUAGUAGAAGCUCAGGUCUUAUUCAGCAUCAGAGAAUUCACACCAGAGAGAAGACUUACUCAUACAAUGAAACUAAGGAAAGUUUUGAUCCAAGUUGUAGUCUUGUUAUACAGCAGGAAGUCUACCCUAAGGAAAAAUCUUACAAAUGUGAUGAAUGUGGGAAAACUUUUAGUGUCAGUGCACAUCUUGUACAACAUCAAAGAAUACACACUGGUGAAAAGCCCUACUUAUGUACUGUAUGUGGAAAAAGCUUUAGUCGGAGCUCAUUUCUUAUUGAACACCAGAGAAUACACACUGGUGAGAGACCCUAUCUGUGCAGGCAGUGUGGCAAAAGCUUUAGUCAACUUUGCAAUCUUAUUCGACAUCAGGGUGUUCAUACAGGUAAUAAACCGCAUAAAUGUGAUGAAUGUGGCAAGGCCUUUAGCCGGAACUCAGGCCUUAUUCAGCAUCAAAGAAUACACACAGGAGAGAAACCCUACAAAUGUGAGAAGUGCGACAAAAGUUUUAGUCAACAGCGAAGCCUUGUCAACCAUCAGAAGAUCCACUCAGAGGUGAAAAAUCAAGAAACUCAUGAAUGUGAUGCCUGUGGCGAAGCCUUCAAUUGCCGCUUAUCUCUUUUGCAGCAUCAAAAAUUGCAUACUGCGUGGAUGCAGUAAACGUAAGAGAAAUACUUUAGCUCAAUUUGACUUGAGACUAGCUACCCAAGUGCAGUUUCAGUACGGCUCAACCUGAGUCUGACAUUUGCUGGUAAAGCAGGUUUCCCUUUGCUUCACCCAAAUGGUUUCUAGAGUCUGUGAAUAACGGACAACUGCUUAUGGGCAUUUGAAGAUUUUAUUCUUUGUUUUGAUGAUGAUAAGGACUGAGUGAUUUAUGUACACAUCUUUCUUUAACAGUUGAAACCCAUGGUCAGAGCACUUAGUUAAAAGGAGGACAAAGUUGCAUUGGUACAAGAGAAGUAGAACCAGCUAAUGCUAGAAAACAGAAUUAUCCAAGGAAUCCUUUGCCGUCAUCUAUAGGUAGUCCUUCCAGUUCUGUGAUAUGUUUGGCCAUGCAUGUCAAAACUCAGUAAGAAAACAAAGCCCAAAUGGUUUUUUGGUGUUUUGAGGUUUUUUUUAUAUACAUAUAACUGGUAUUGAAAGUUUUUGUCGUUUAAGAAAGCCAGUUGUUUAGUGUGUAAGCUAAAGGCAGUUCUAAUGCCUUGUUUCCCUGAUAUGUGAGAUGAGUGGACCAUUAAUUUUACAUGUAAAAAUUAUGUGAUUAAAAGACCUAGCAAAGGUGUUACCAAGGAACCUUUUGGGAGUGCCUUUUUUUUUUUUUUUUCCUCAAGAUGGGCAUCAAAAAAAUGGAGCAAAACACUUCUCUUUGUGCCCUUCAAUCUGUGAAAAAUAUUUGUAAUACUAUACAAAUAACCAUACAUAUUCCUGUGCCACCAAUAGCAUGUGAAAGUGUACAUAUUUUGAUUACCAAGAAUUGGAAAUAAAAAUACCAGGAGUCUAUACUAGGAAGCAGAAGUAUUUUGAUAUUGCUUCAGUUUUUAUGGUAACUAGACUUUGCAUGCAAUUAAAAGAUCUAUUUCCUAGUUCUAGGGCUUCCCUUAGUUAAUGGCUAUACACUUAUUGAUUCAUCUGUUUUAAUCAUUAAAUCUAUUAUGUUUUU